AUGAUGGAUUUGACUUAUACUCUCGACGGUUAUCCUGUCUUUGUUUGUCUGUUGUGUUCUUUCUUUUUUUAUUAUUUUAAUAAUUCCUCUUUUUCUCUUUCGUUUUGGUAUAUCUUUGUUGUGCAUUCGUUCCUUAUUUCUUUUUCGCUUUUACUCUUCCCUUCUCUUAUUUUUUUCUUCGUCUUUUCUAUUUUCUUCACUUCUUCUCCAACUCUGAUUAUUUUUUUUAUUUUUCUUUCCUUCGUUCUCUGUACUUUACGUUAUUUCUUAUUAAUUCCUUCCUUACUUCCUUUGUUAUGUAUUCCGUUCUCAGAUUCUUUCUUUCUUUCUUUCUUUCUUUCUUUCUUUCUUUCUUUGGUGUCUCUUCUAUUUUCUUUACUUUUACUUCCUCUUUGUCCUAUAUCUUCUUUCUUACUGUCCUUAUGCUGUUAUUCGACCGUUUCUUUCUUUCUUUCCUUUCUUUUUUUUAUUCCUUCUUUCUUUCUGUCCUUAUAUCUUCUUUUCGGCCAUUUCUUUCUUUUUUCCUUUCUUUCUUUCUUUCUUUAUUUCUUUUUCUUUCUUGUUUUUUUGCGUCUCUUCCGUUCUUUUCUUUUCUUUAUUCCUUUUUUUCUUUCUGUCCUUAUAUCUUCUUGUCGGCCAUUUCUUUCUUUCUUUCUUUCUUUCUUUCUUUGGUGUCACUUUCGUUGUGUUUCCUUAUACUUUCCCUAUUUUCAUCUUUACCAUUUCAUUCUCUCUCUCUUUCUCUUUCUCUCUCUCCCUCUCUCUCUCUUUCUAUCUUUCGAAACCUUUUUUCCUCCCACAUUAUCCUUUGUAAAUGUCCUCCUCUUCUUACCCCGUUAUCCCUUCUUUUCCUCCUUGAGAACAUCGAUGAAAACGAUCUUUUUACUUUGCUGCCUUUACAGUUGCCUCCAGAUGAUGGAUGACAGAGCCACACUGCAGGUGACUAUUUCCUUCUCUCGCCCUCUCUGUUUGUCUCUUUGUCCUUCUUGA